UUUAAACAAAAGCCGUUCACUGCACGGAGCAUGAUGACUGGUGGCAGCAUGAAGCUCGACACUGUGUGCUUCGCACAGCAGGGGUUGCUGUGCUGCUACGACAGCGAUGGCGGCGGAGACAGCGACACCGAAGGUGCAGAUGGGCGCCAUGAAGCUGCUCGUGGUGUGCAGCAACAACAACAGCGCCAACAGCAACAGCAAACGCAGAAGCAACAGCAACAGCAAAACUCGACACACAAAACGCAGCUAGGUGGCAACGAGAACCAUCGCGUUUUGAUCUUGGGUGACGGCAACUUGUCGUUCGCCCACUCUGUGGCCACGCGCUUGUUAGACGCUGCUGCUGAAAGUAGCCAGCCUGCGAAGAUUGUGGCCACGACGUACGAUACCGAGGACAUGCUGUUGGAUCGUCACCCGGACAGUGUCACCCAUCUCCUUGCACUUCGUGCCAUGCCCGAGCUGGUCAACGUGCAGACUGGUGUAGAUGCCACCAACAUCGCCAGCACGCUGGACACACAGGCUGCGGGCCACGAUGUAUUUGACGAAAUUGUGUUCACGUUUCCCCACGUGGGUGGGAAGUGUCCCAUCGGCCACAACCGCGACUUGCUUUGCGGGUUCUUCGCCAGCGCCAAAUGCUGUCUCGCCCCACGAGGCGUCAUCUGCCUCACCCUGGCUGUUGGUCAGGGCGGUACGUCCUUCGACGCCAUCAAGCGUCCAAGAAAAGGCGAUCACUGGCAAGCAGUCGAGCUGGCUGCCACGAGCGAGUUUCGGCUCGUGGGUGCUCGUCCGUUUCUCGCUCACGAAUUCAAGCACUACACCUGCUCCGGUCGCCGCAGCACGGCACGCACGUUUCGCACAGACGGUGCAACAACACUCUUCUUCACGCACAACCCGCCUCCGAUCAAGGACGACGGCCAAAGACAUGAUGGAAUUGACCAUAACAGCUUCCCCGUCUCCCUGCAAGCCCCAUCACUCGAGUCGUCACCCCAUUUCGAACCAGCGCACGACGAAUCAUAUGCGCGCGCCUCUGCGCUCCCGCUCGUUCGCCUCGUCAUCUCUCUCUUCCAGCACUGCUGGCACCCUACCCCUGACACAAAGAUGACCGUGCUCAACGUUACCCAACCAGACCAACCCCUCUUUGCUGGGUGAGUG